UCUUUAUACCAUGCUCUAUGUCAGCUUCAUAGUUUCUUUAUGUCAGGGACAUAAUAUAUCAGGAAAGGAUAACCGUGUUCAUUGCUCCUUAAAUAUCAACACAGAGACAGGACGCUUGUCAGCUAGAAGGCCAAAUCUGUAGAAUCAACCUGCUUUGGAAAAAGACCGAUACAAAAUCCGUCAAGCAUUCAUCGCUGCACCAGGGAAUUCUCUUAUAGUUGCUGAUUAUGGACAGCUGGAACUUAGGAUUCUCACGCAUCUUGCCAACUGUAAGAGCAUGAUGGAUGCUUUUAAAGCCGGUGGAGAUUUCCAUUCAAGGACUGCUAUGAAUAUGUAUCCAUAUAUUCGUGAAGCACUUGAGAAAAAGGAAGUGCUUCUCGAGUGGGAUCCUCAGCCUGGUGAAGAUAAGCCCCCACUUCCUCUAUUAAAGGAUGCGUUUGGUUCUGAAAGAAGAAAAGCUAAAAUGCUUAACUUCUCAAUUGCAUAUGGGAAAACUCCAGUGGGCCUAUCUAAGGAUUGGAGGGUUUCUGUGAAAGAAACUAAGAAAACAGUUGACCUUUGGUACAAUGACAGAAAAGAAGUUUUGCAAUGGCAAGAGGAACGUAAAAAAGAAGCUCGUAAGUUUCAUUGUGUCUACACAUUGCUAGGGCGAGCCCGGAAAUUCCCUUUGAUGGCCCAAGGUAAUACCUAUCAGAAAGGUCACAUUGAGCGUGCUGCUAUUAAUACUCCAGUGCAGGGUAAUGCUGCUGAUGUUGCCAUGUGUGCCAUGAUACAAAUUUCCAAUAAUAAAAAGUUGAAGGAGCUUGGAUGGAAGUUACUUUUAUCUGUUCUGAUAAUUCAACACUUUGUCCUAUUCUCUCUUAUAUUUAUUUCUUUGCACUUGGAGUGUAAUUCAAAAGUAAAGAGACUUGGAGUGUAUGCUAAAUUUUGA